AUGCCGGAACGUCUAGGGCAAAAGUCUGUUCUUAUAACAGGCUGCACACCUGGAGGCAUCGGUCAUGGCCUUUGCCACGAGUUUCACAAGCAAGGUUUACAUGUAAUUGCCACCGCUCGCGAUCUAUCAGUUCUGAAAGAAUUAGCCGCCCUGGGCAUGAGCACCGUCCAACUAGACGUGACAAAUCCCAGCAGCAUUGAGAAAUGCCACAAAAUUGUCACCGGGCUGACUGGAGGCCGUCUGGAUAUUCUGGUCAAUAAUGCCGGUCGCACACACACGCACCCCGCGCUAGAUCUCGAUAUCCAGGACGUACGAACAACAUUUGAGACCAAUGUCUUCGGUGUUAUGGCAAUGGUGGCGGGGUUCUCGGAUCUUCUGAUUGAAGCCCAGGGCUUGGUCAUCAACGUUGCAUCUUUGGCGGCUUUAGUACCGUACGCCUUUGGAAGCGCGUACUGUGCUAGCAAGGGGGCGAUCGUUAGUUACAGUCGGACUCUGCGUCAGGAGCUACGACCUCUUGGUGUGAGGGUCAUGGUUUGCAUGGUCGGCACUGUGAAGUCGAACAUUCACAAUCGGGCACAUAGGUCUUUGCCUGAGAACUCGGUUUAUCAACCUAUCAAAGAGGUUUUCCAAAAGCGUCUGACGUUUGUGAACAACAACAGCCCUUAUGAUACUGAGUCAUUUUCCAAAGAACUUGUUGCAAAUUCGCUGAAGAGUGAAGUGCCGUGGUUAUUCAGAAGUUGGGUUGGGCGACCGGACUGGUUCUAUUAUGGUGGGCUGGCAUGGCUGUUGUGGUGGGGCUCGACCCUGUUUGGCGAAUGGGUGGUGGAUUAUGUUUGUUGGAGGAUGUUUGAAUUAUGGAAAUUGGAGAACUUGCGAUCGCGGGUUGAGGAGGUCCAUGACGUAAAGCCUUCCAAGGAUGAAUAG